ACGCCGACGAAUGGGUUGCGCGAUAUGUGAACUUUCUGGUCAGUUGUACGCAAGCAAGCAGGAAAAUAAAAUAGACGAGGGUUGUUAUUCGAGAUAGGUAGUUUUCCACAAAGGGUGCGAUCCGCCAGCUUUUACUUCAUAUCCGAGUCGUCGAUAAUGUUUCGUUUCGGAAUAUGCAAUGGUUGUUUUUUACAUUCGCUUUCGUCCUCCUCUCGCGUUUACCAACUUUUCCAUUCAUAAUGUUAAGAUCAAAUAAUCCACAUUCAAUCACGAAACGUCUCCGAUAAUGAAUUUCUCUUCGUUCGCCACACCAUUCUCCGUAUCAACAGCUGUGAAUCAGUUCUCUUUGAAAUUCAACGCAGGUUCGGAAACAUCGUCCAACGGAGCGGAAAGUUUACUCGGCGCUAAUUUAAACGUAGACGAUGCGAAUACUCUGUUGAAGAAUGCCGAAUCGAUGGCCAUAGCUGUGAGUCGAUAUCAGAACUCGACAACGCCUCGAUUCAACAGCCAAGCCCAGCAAAACAUGCUGACUAAAUAUUACCGAGACAGCGGCGUACAAAUUGUCGACGAGAUCCCGAACAACAUGCUUUCAACGUCUCUAAUAUCAGCCAAAUUACGUAACACGAACGAUAGUCUGGGCGGAAUAAAUUACGAAAGCUUGAGGAAUAAUUUACAGCAGCAAUUGACCAGGCAUGACUUCGCCGUAUCCAAACGAACGCUGCAAAAUAACUGCAUUCGAAUACAAAACAUGUGCAACGUGAUUAAAAAAGAAGAUAAAGAAGACAGCCCUUCUUCGGUCUGUUUACCAAACCAACAGUCAGCUUCUGCAAAUCUUUCUGUGGCCAGUUGGCAAAGUAUAGCUGCGGUAGCUGCGGCUGCUGCAGCUGCACCUACUUCUGCAUCGGUCGCAGAUUACCUAUCGGCUCAUUUACCCACUUCCUCUAUACCUUUAUCAUUACAUAGUAUUUUCAAAUACUCUAGCGAAAAUGUCAAGAAGGAGGUAGACGUGUUGGAUAGCAUUGUAAACGCAGCAGCUGCUCAGAAUCAAUUUCAAAAUGGUUCCUUGUUCAACGCCGCUGCCAGUCAAACGAUGAACGCUACCAAGAAAAAGAAACGUAAGAAAUCGCCGAAGGAGAAAAAACCCAAACCUAAACCGGGUGAAAUACGAAUGACAACGGCCUUAGAUGGAUCAGCUCUGUACUGUUGUCCCGAAUGCCAUAUGGCGUAUCCUGAUAAAACGCUUCUGGAACAACACCUCUUGGGCCAUACCAUCGAGAGGAGAUUCUUCUGCGAUAUCUGCGGCGCUGGUCUCAAACGAAAGGAUCAUCUGACUCGUCAUAAACAGAGCCAUAAUCCGGACCGUCCUCACGCUUGCUCGGUUUGUACGAAAGCUUUCAAAAGAAAAGAACAAUUGGCAUUACAUUACGUCAUUCAUUCGGGUGAAAAGAGACACGUGUGUCCGGAAUGUGGUAAGGGGUUUUAUCGCAAAGAUCACCUACGUAAGCAUACAAGAAGUCAUAUAGCACGUCGAGUGAAAGCCGAGUUAUCCCAAUAUGUUCCUAGUGCCGUUGGUAGCAGCUCUAGUAGUACUCAGACAUCCUGAGGUAUAUUCUCUGGGAACGCUCAUCAUGUUCCCAUUAAUAGAGCUUCGACGACUCUUCCUUCUGAUUUAAUGGCCUUUGUAUCGGCCGUUAAAGACGCUUUCUAGAAUUAUAUAAAUUACCUAGUCGGUGUAAUGUAUCAUACAUUUUUAAAUUAUCUAUGUAUAAUUUAAGUUUUUUUUUUUUUUUUCGUUUGUUAUUCUAUUUCAUUAAAAUGUAUGUAAUUCAGUUCCUACAAUGUAACUUUGAAUUUGAGGGGUUUGGUAACUUGGCAGGGCUUAUUAUUACUAUUAUUAUUUUAUCUAUUUUUAACUAGGUACCUAUACCAUUUGAAUUACCAACAUUGGUAUUUUAUCAGCAUCUGAAAAGUUAUUGAAGGGGCCAAUUGGUUUUAUAAAUUGUUAAAAGUGAGUCUGUCAAAAAUAUUGAAUUGAAAAAUUUCAUGUGUGCCGUAAUGUUGAAAAUGCUAAGUUACCAGUUCAAAUGAUUUUUCAUUCUCAAUUUUGUACUUGUAUACCUAUUAUAAUGACUAACAUUGACUUUUUAAAAAUUAUAUACCUAUGAAUUGUUGAAAAUAAAAUUUACGCCAUUAAAAUA